UCAGUGCAGACAAUAAUAUGGCGUCUACGAACGCAGUGGAGGCUAUAGACAAACAACAUUUAGCAAUUCAGUCCAAAUAACACUGGUUUAUUGUCACCUAAAGACGCCAAUGGGCACCAUGUUUCCGUCGAUAAUGAGAUUUCAUAUUUAAUUUCUCUGGUCUUUGUCUAAUAGCAGCACUCCAUGUCCGAAGGACCUCGGGCUCCCUGGUCGAAGCGGGGUUGCGCGGAGUCGCAUCGCCGAGCAGGGCUCAACAAUAAGGACUGUUCGGGGCCAACGUGAACGACGCUUGACGAAACUGUCACUGUCCCGAUCAGGCCAGUGCUGCAUCUUUGGCCAUUUUAAGCAGGGCAAGUACAAGCAGAGGAAAUGUGAACGUCCCUUCAUCGCUGUGAAGCCGACCGUUGGCCAGGAGGCCUCUAAAAGGUGAAUAUCAUCAGAAUUUAAUUUCCUACGGACACAGAGGUACUGUCCUCUGAUUGGCUCGGACACCCCCCUGUGACAUGCCCGUGGCCAAUCAGAGGUGCCUAAUGGCGGGGGAUGUGGAGGUGUACCUUUCCCAAGUGCAUGAUGGUAGCGUGUCGUCGGGCUUCAGGGCCUUGUAUGAGGAGCGGCUGCUGCUCGAUGUCACUCUUCUCAUCGAGGAGCACCACUUCCAGGCGCACAAGGCUCUGUUAGCGACGCAAAGCGACUAUUUCCGGGUCAUGUUCACGGCCGAUAUGCGGGAACGUGACCAGGAUAAGAUUCACAUGAAGGGGUUGACGGCAGCCGGGUUUGGUCACGUCCUUCGCUUCAUGUAUUAUGGUUCAUUAGAGUUAAGCAUGAUCACGGUGCAAGAGAUCCUGCAGGCUGCCAUGUAUGUGCAGCUCACAGAGGCUGUAGAGUUCUGCUGCUCCUUCCUGCUGGCCAAGAUCUGCUUAGAGAAUUGUGCUGAGGUCAUGCGCUUGCUGGAAGACUUCAGCGUCGGCGUGGAAGGCGUACAGGAGCAGCUCGAUGCGUUUCUGCUGGAGAACUUUGUGCCCCUGAUGGCGCGACCGGACUUCUUGUCCUAUUUGAGCUUGGAGAAGUUGAUGGCUUAUCUGGAUAGUGACCAGCUGAGUCGAUUUCCGGAAAUUGAGCUGUAUGAGGCGGUGCAGGCUUGGCUGAGACAUGACCGGCGGCGAUGGAGACAUACGGAUGCGGUGGUGCAGAACCUGCGCUUUUGCCUCAUGACUCCUGCCAAUAUCUUUGAGAAGGUGAAGACAUCGGAGUUCUACCGUUAUUCCCGCCAACUGAGACUAGAAGUAGACCAGGCGCUCAGCUACUUCCAUCAGGUGAACGAACAACCGCUGGCAGAAACCAAGUCCAACCGCAUCAGAUCCGUGAGACCCCAGACUGCUGUAUUCCGCGGAAUGAUCGGCCACAGCAUGGUCAAUAGUAAGAUCCUCCUCCUGCACCGGCCCAAAGUGUGGUGGGAACUCGAAGGCCCCCAGGUACCGCUCCGCCCCGAUUGCCUGGCCAUCGUCAACAACUUCGCCUUCCUUUUGGGCGGUGAAGAGUUAGGCCCGGACGGAGAGUUCCACGCUUCUUCUAAGGUCUACCGCUAUGAUCCCAGACAGAACUCCUGGCUACGCAUGGCCGACAUGUCCGUUCCCAGAUCAGAGUUUGCCGUCGGCGUCAUCGGGAAGUAUAUUUAUGCCGUUGCAGGCCGCACUCGCGACGAGACGUUUUAUUCCACGGAGCGUUAUGACAUUGUUGAGGACAAGUGGGAGUUUGUAGAUCCUUACCCUGUAAACAAGUACGGCCACGAAGGCACUGUGCUCAACGGGAAGCUGUAUAUCACUGGCGGCAUCACCUCCUCUUCCACCUCAAAACAAGUGUGCGUCUUUGACCCGGGACGGGAAGGAACGUCCGAUCUUCGUACGCGGCGCACGCCGAUCCUCACCAACUGCUGGGAGAACAAGUCAAAAAUGAACUACGCUCGUUGCUUCCAUAAGAUGAUCUCCCACAAUGGGAAGCUGUACGUCUUUGGCGGGGUGUGUGUGAUACUGCGUGCCUCUUUCGAAUCCCAGGGCUGCCCGUCGACAGAAGUUUACGACCCAGACACCGACGAGUGGACUAUUUUGGCUUCGAUGCCUAUAGGACGCAGUGGGCAUGGAGUGGCAGUGUUGGACAAACAGAUCAUGGUGCUCGGGGGACUUUGCUACAACGGGCAUUACAGCGACUCUAUCCUCACAUUUGACCCUGAGGAGAACAAAUGGAAAGAGGACGAGUAUCCUAGGAUGCCUUGCAAACUGGAUGGACUGCAAGUGUGUAGUUUGCACUUCCCAGAAUACGUUCUGGAACACGUGAGACGCUGCAGCUGAGUCUUUCUAGACAGUUUAGCAGACAAACGUUUACAGGUGUGACAAGUAAUACUAAUACUGUUGAAGCUUUUAAACUGUAGGCCAGUGCUUAUUAAGGAAGAAAAAAAAAAUCUUUUUUAGGCUUUCAUUGUAGAAAGGAAGGUUUGUUAUUUGUUCUAAGCAUUGGCGUUCUCAUAAAAAUCGGAUACAGAUGACCUUUUUGCUCAUCCGUCUGACUCAUUGCACUGUAAUCACCCUGUAGAGCACAUACUACUCAUCACGUUUCACCACAUUGUCUUCUCUAUCCCUUCAUUCUGUUCACAGGAAGUCUUGUGUUGUGUGUGCUUAUUCCACGACAAGUAGUCUGGUACAUCUAGGAGUGGUUAGAAAAAUGCAAAGGAGACUAAAUGAAGUAGAGGAACUCAUCAAGAACUUCCCAGUCCCCUUUUUUUCGAUCACAUUUACUUAUCUAAGAAUGCAUUUGUGCUGAUACUAGUGAUGUUGUAGUGGAUCUUGACGAUAAUGACUGUAAUGAUUGUAAUCUUGACAAGCAUUGCACUCGAAUAAGGGCAUAUAUUACUGCUCUACAAUAACACCGGUCCUCCACUGCUGACUGCACAGGGAGAAAAGGGGACAGCAGAGAUUAGGGGACGCGUACUUCUCCGACCUUUAUUAGUUGUGCUUAUGCUUAUUUUUUACUUAUUUAUUAAAAUGGCAAAGCCUUGCCUUGAUCCAAUUCAUGUAAUGUAAGGAACUACUUUCUGUGUGUGUGUGUGUGUGUCUCACAUUUUGUUUCACCAGCAAAGGGCUAAAGCACAUAUGCAUCUUGUGUUUAAUGUCAAAAGAAACACUAAUAGCAGUUCUACGAGUUUAGGCAUUCAUUUGGGUAUCAAUAUCAGUUGUGCUAUGAAAUUCAGUGGGACCCAAAACAUGUUUUUGGACUCCAUUGGUUUUCACUGCAUGGUCAAAAACAUAAACUUUUGUGUUCUACAAAAAAGGAAGAAUUGGAACGACAUAAAUAUGAGUAAAUCAUGAUAGAACCUUUUUUUGGGGGGGGGGUGAACUAUCCCUUUAAGACAGAUCUUGAAAGUGUUUGGCAGUAUGUCAUUUACUAUUAUAGACCCUACAUAUGAUGCUGUGUUUCCUCAGAGUUCCUGGUUGGUUUGUACUUCCUCAAACACUAACUUUGACCUUUUGUCUCUGCUGUGUGACAUUUGUCAUCCAAAAUUCAUGCUAUUUUCAUGUACAUAUAGAUGCCAAUCUGUGGUCUGUAAGGGUCGAACUGUAAUAAUCAGACACAGCGGUAGAUUAUAACCUUGUCUUGUUAUUUUUUUUCAGUAGAAUAACAGACAAUUAUUCCACUAUAAUAAUAAUAAUCCAUAGCCCUCUAUCUUGUUCUUGGAGGAGUAUAAUCAGAUUGCUAACUUGUUUACCAAAAUCUGGUGGUUCACUGGUAUUUGAAGACUUUGUAAUUAAUUUCCAGAAAUAAAUGUUCAAACUGUU